UUUUAAUGUAGUUCUUUUCGCUUUUACUUGAAUUCAUGCAACUUCUUUGUUAAUUUCCUGUCUAACAGUAAUUAAGUCAUUUUAUGCCGAGCGGAUCUUGUUACCCCCGGGCUCCAAAAUGCCAGCUCAAUGAUCAGCGGUAUAACAAGAUAACAUUGAGCGAGAGAUGAUUCAGCGAGAAAAACAAACUGGAAAAACAUAAAAAGCCAUCGGUCUACGGGCGAUGUUAUUUAGUUCCCAAAGCAUGCAUCAACAUGGCCGACCACGAAAAUGACGAAGAUAUUUGGGAUUCGUGGGAGGAUAUGGCCGAAUCUGGGGAAUUAGAAAGGCGAAUGGAAGAAAGGGAACGGGAACACAUGAAAUUACGAGAUGAAAUUGAUAAAAAAUUAUUUGAGCCUGGGGUCCGAGUACUCGUAGAUGAUGAUUCCAACAGGACAAAAUAUAAUCCUCAGGUGAGGAUAUUGAGAAGAGACCCAGGUGAUGCAGCACAAAUGAGCAGCAGUAGUCAAAGUGAUACAAAUAAAAAAGUUCACAAAACUUUAGCACAACGGGAAAAGGAAUAUGCGGAUGCACGUGCAAGAAUACUUGGUGAUACAGCAGAAUAUGAUGAAGAGGAAACAUGUCCACCAACAAAGAUAAAAACGGAAGAAAAACUGCCGGAGAACAUAAUUCGACAACCCAAGGGACCAGAUGGAACAUGUGGUUUUGCACUAACAAGAUGACACAAGGGCUGUGAAAACAAGGAAAUAACAACCUAAACUGAACUUUGAUGUUAUGGGAUAGUUGAAACAUAACAGUUUCACUUCUCACGUCUGGUUCGCUGAGAUUGGAUUUUGUGAAACACAAAGACGGAAAAAGGCUCGAAUAGCAGAGAUCUCAAGGGUUGAAAAAACUGGUUAGGCGGGGUGAGAUAUCAUACCCAGGAGGAACAUCCCUUGAAUACCCUACAUUGUAUGGUUCACCACAAAUGUACGAGGUCUUGGAGAUGAGUCAUGGAAUCGAAAUGAAGUGCAUUAAAGUACAAACGGAAUGAAACAGCCUAUCUUACCUAGCAUAACCUUCUACGAGCUACCACAUACAAACCUUUCUCUGAUGUGAAAAAACAUAAUUAUACACGGAUAUAUUAGUCCCUUACCAUAUGGAAUGAAAUGAAAUGCAUUCUUCCAUAAAAUGAAAAAAAAAAUUUUCAUAUGUAAAUUGUAGGCAAUUCCCAAAUAUUUUUUCGUUUGUCAAACCAUUGCAAACAGACGUUGCCAAAAAUGCUGGUAAUCGUGAUGUGAACUGAAUCAACAUUAGCAACCAACUUUUCAGUGCAACAUCGCUAUACUACAGUAUCAUGAGUGUAAUUUUGUAAUAUAAUUGACCAAUUUUACUCUGAAAACUUUCUUCAAUGUGUAAAAUGUUCGAACAAAUGUGCCCGGGAUUGCCCACAUUUGAAUUGAACAUGUUUAAUAUUAGAAAACGAAGUUUGCUGAUUGAGUUUCUCCAAAAACUGCACGAACUUUAAUAAGCAAUGUAUAUAACAACGUAUUUUCUCAAUAGCGUUGCUUUGUGAUCACUUUAUUCCUUGAAUCACAGUGCUUGAAUACACCAUAUUUACUUUGAAGCUUGAUGAAAUCUUACUAAAUUUUAAAUUUCUGUGUGAAUUAAAUUAUCAUUACCCAGGUGUG